AUGGAGGUACGUCGUUUGGAGGAGCUGCUUGCUCAUGAUCGAGAGUCUCAAGACUUUCAUUGCGUCAUGGAGACACAGGAACACAAUGGACAGAAAGGUGGAGGGGGUGAGCACAGCAUGUGUUGGGUAUGGGGACUAUUGUUGGGUGGAGAUAAGGUUGGCUUGUGA